AUAAGUUCACUUUUGACAGUAAAAAAUUGUGAAAUUAAUUAAAUAAUUAUUUAUUUGUUGCAUCUGUUUCGGUGGAAUGCUUUGUAAAUUAAUUUCCAAUUAGUGCUGCGCUUUAUGGCCCCCUCAACCCAACGGACGGAACAUGUAUGGCAAGAAGUUUAUUUUUAGUCCACUUUGGUGAUCUUGGGGCAAGUUGCUGUGAUAAUUUAAAUAACUUAAUUAUGGAUAAUAGACCUAAAUCGAUAUUUCGGGACUUAUACAACCUUUCUUAUAAAAACAAUUUUUUCAAAUUAUCAACUAAUGCUAAAGACGACGGUGAUCUUAUACAGAGACUAGGUUUGCUCAAGAAGUUAGAAAUCCAUCAAGGCUGCGUCAACACCAUUUGUUGGAACAGCACAGGAGAGUAUAUUUUGUCGGGUUCAGACGACCAGCAUUUAAUCAUAACAAAUGGGCACACAUACAAAGUUGAAACCAAUUAUUGCACCAGCCACCAUGCGAACAUCUUUAGUGCUAAGUUCUUGCCAUGCUCUUCUGAUAAACAGAUCGUUUCGUGUUCAGGCGAUGGAAUCAUCUUACACACAGAUCUCGAAAACACCAAAAAUACUUACUACAACCAGUUCAGUUGCCAUGCAGGAACCACUUAUGAGGUGAUUACCAUCCCAAAUGAUCCCAAUACGUUUCUCAGUUGUGGGGAGGAUGGCACAGUGCGUUGGUUUGAUUUGAGGACAAAGACAAGUUGCCGAAAACCGCGUUGUAAAGAAGAUAUUUUAAUUAAGUGUCAGAGAGCUGUUACAGCUCUUGCAAUAAGUCCAACUGCACCUCAUCAGCUUGCAGUUGGAUGCGCUGAUUCAACAGUGCGUAUUUAUGACAGACGUUGUCUUAGUACUCAACUCGAGGAUCAUUUAAAGGCUCGACCAUUCUGUAGUUUCAUCGCCCCAAAUCUGGAAGACCGAAGAUACAGAAUAACUUCACUCAGCUACAGUCAUGACGGUCAAGAUAUGCUAGUCAGUUACUCAUCUGAUUAUCUGUAUCUAUUUAGGAUACAGGAGAAUCAGCUAGCUGAAUUAAAAAAACCCAUUAAAGCGUCUCCUUGGGAGAAAGUUAAAAUGUUAGCAGGCCAACGAGAACGUGUCAAUAAUUCGCCACCUCAUGUGCGAAGAUUACGUUUAAGAGGAGAUUGGUCUGAUACUGGACCAGAUGCACGUCCAGAAAGAGACACAACGACAACUGUCAGUAUUGGUCAAGCGAGACCACAAUUACACGCCACUUUGAUGCAGCGUAUGACCGAUGUUCUCUCACAAAUGUUGAAUGAUCCAAUGACAAGAGCGGCUUUGAGUGCAGGAGGAGAGGAUUCACUUGAUCCGAAUGAAACGUCGCAAAGAAAUAUUUUAGGUGAAAGACAAAGUAAUUCGUCUGCUCCGGAAGAGAACGCAGAACAGCCGGUGGAACAGAGUCAGAAUGAAGCGGAAGGAGAGCAAAGUGUUCAAACAGAGGCAGAGGAAGUUGCCACAACAAGCAGGCAAGACCAAGAGCCGUCUGCGUCCACAAGUAACGCUGAAGAAAGACAAAGUGAAACUUCUGCAUGCGUUACAAGUCUGUACAGUCACCUAACAACGUUGCGUAACUUAAGGGACGGCUUUAUAGAACAACAUGGUUCUGAACCUUCAGUCAGCCUCAGGUAUUCUCAGCAAAGCACAGCCAAUGCUACGAUCAGUUUAAGAGUUGGUGAUGAAUUUAAUCGUGGAAAUUUCGAUAAUUCACAAAAUGAUGCCUCAGCGGUGCCUUCAACGUCACAAAGUGAACAUACAUCGAUGAGAAGUCCAAGUGGACUGGCUGAUGACGGCGCAAGCUCUGAUGCCGAGUUCGAUGAUUAUGACGAUGAAUAUCCUGAUUCGUCGUUACCACAAAAGACUGAUACCGUAAAUACAUACGAAGCGGAAAUGAAAUAUAAGUACGUAGGACACAGAAAUGCUCGAACUAUGAUAAAAGAAGCUACAUUUUGGGGCAAUGACUACGUGAUGUCGGGCUCAGACUGUGGUCACGUAUUUAUUUGGGACAAAAACACCACAAAAUUAAAAAUGUUGCUACAAGCUGAUCAACAUGUGGUCAAUUGUUUACAACCUCACCCUACUUUGCCACUUCUUGCCACUAGUGGAAUAGAUCAUGAUGUUAAAUUAUGGGCUCCUAUUUUAGAAGAGCCAGGUUUUAACGUCAAGAUGGCUGAAGAUCUGAUCAACCGUAAUGCAAUCAUGUUGGAAGAAACCCGAGAUACCAUAACAGUACCUGCAGCCUUCAUGAUAAGAAUGUUAGCUUGUUUAAAUCAAAUUCGCCGAGGCGCUAGAGCUCGGUCUAGACGUCAGGAUGAAGAAGAAGAAAACAAUUAAAUUUCAACGUAUGUAUAAAUACUUACCAUGUUUGUGGGAAGUAACAUAGGUAGAAAUCAAAUUCACGAUGUACAUACUUGCUUAUGUUAACUUUACCGUAAAUUACAGGAUUGUUGGAUUUCUUCAUUAUGUCGUAACUACAUGAUCAAUUGUGUUUUGACAAUUAAUUUUUUCCUUGGUUAAAGUUCCGAGUUCUAGCGUUUGGUCUAAUAUAAUUAUUUGAUGUAUUUAUUAUUUUCAUAGUUCAUAUUAAAUUAUUGAAACCUUGAA